AUGGCGAGCACCACUGGCGCGGGGCAGAACGCCGAUGUGCGCGUCGAAGUCAUCUCACAACCCGAAGACUUCACCCAAGUCGCCGAGGUCGUCCGUGACGCCUUUGGUCACCAAGCGCGCGAUGGUGUCUUCAUCUCCAUGAACCCCGACUGGGACACUCCCGAAGGCCUGGUCCGCAGCGCCGAGCGCAUGGCUCACCGCUUAAGCACCGUCAACAAGAACAACAAGGGCGAGCCCAACUCGGUGUACCUCAAGGCCACCGUUCCGGAUCCCGAGAAUGCCGGCCAGCGCAGGAUUGUUGGCAUGGCUAUCUGGGCGCAGCAAUCCGCCGUCGAAGGCCACGGCGACCCGCCGUCAAAGGACUCGAUCAAGGAGCUCGGCCUCGAAUCCGUCUUCCCAGGAAACGAAGCCGAGCAGCGAUACGCCGCAGCGUGCAUGAGUUCAUUGCACAAGCGACGUAAGGAGGUCAUCGCAGAGAAGGCCACGGCGGAUCAACCGGCAGUCUUCGUCCUGAACAUGUGCUCCGUGGAUCCCAAGUUCCAAGGAAAGGGCAUUGCUAAGAAGCUGGUGCAGUGGGGUCUCGAUGAAGCAAAACGACGUGGUGGACUUGAACUGCUUCUUGAGGCGUCGAGUAUGGGUAGACACGUAUAUGCUAAGUUGGGUUUUAAGCAAGAAGGACCCGAGAUUGAGUAUGACGUUGAAGAGCAGUUUGUGCAUCGAGAAAGACCUUCGAAUAUCUUUAUGAGAACAGGAGACGGCCAUUAA